UAAAAAGGAAGGCGAAACAAACAGUCCUUUAGCUAGAGGCAACGAUUCUCUUGUUAUUUCCUUCUUCCAUCUUCUUCGCAUUAUUAGCAUUCACAGUUAUAAUUUCAGUUACCCAUUUUCUUCUUCAAUAUCAUUCUGCUAUUUUUGGUUUUGUUCUUUUUGCUUUAACCAUUUCGUCAAUUUGAUUAUUGCACUGCAGCUACCUGAUUCGCCACGCUAAACCACCAGAGAGAAAUGGGAAUUGCAGGAGUGCUAAGGAACAUUGUUCGCCCUCUAUCACUUGCAUCAUCAAGAACCUUGACCUCUCAAAUCUCCACCAAUGCUUCGAUGGCAUUGUUUUGUCCUGUUUCGCCAUCUCCCUGCAAACCUCCCCAGUGGACUCUUCCCCUUUUGAAUCACUUCCAUAGCUUGACAGACACUCGCUUCCCAAAGAGACGACCCUCUGAUAAACCUCGUCGAAAGAGGGCCAGCCUGAGACCAUCUGGGCCUUACGCUUGGGUUCAACAUACACCUGGCGAAACCAUACUUCCAAAUAAGCCGAAUGAGGGGAGUGUCAAAAGGAGAAAUGAGAAGAAACGCAUGAGGCUGCGCCGCGCAUUUAUAUUGGCGGAGAGGAAGAAAAGGAAAGCUCAGCUGCAAGAGGCUAAUAGGAAGAAAAAUAUUCAGAGGGUAGAACGUAAAAUGGCUGCAGUUGCAAGGGAAAGGGAGUGGGCAGAAAGACUGGCUGAGUUGCAGCGACUUGAGGCACAGAAGACAAUCUAAUGGAAUUUGUUAGGACCUAUCUGCAUUUGGUAACACUGGUUGUGCACUCUAUACACUAUUUCUAUAUUUUCAUUAUGUUCAGAAACAUGAAAGUCUGAAUCCCCACAUUUUGUUGUUGAAAGUAAGGCUGACAUUUUUUUCAUGAAACAAAGAUGAGAAAAAUAAAAGAAACCUGGUUUGGGUAGAUCAGUGUGCAGAUGCUAAUAAAUCUUACAGUCUACAACAUUAGGGUGGAAAUAUCUGUUGGGAAGAAUAAUGAGAAGGAGCGAGGAAAGUAGAACUGGAUUUGGUGUGAUGAAGGGAAUCCAAAGGAAGGUGGAUGGAAGGGGAGGGCUUAUCCAGAAUGUAUUAUCCAUUUUG